AGCGGUAGAAAAAUUCUGAGAGGUUGUGUUCUACUGUUCUUCGUCUUCCCUACGCGGAAUUUGUUUUCUAGUAAAUAUGGUGAAUACUCCAAGAAUUUCAAGAAAAAUUCUUGUUGCUUCUUUGGUUUUGCGAUUGGGGAUUGAGGAAAAAAGUUUGAAGUUCACAUGUCGGAUUUCUAGGUCACGGCUUGUGAAAGAAACACGGAAGAGGAAAGUUGUGAAUUGAGGUAAAUUUUUUUCUAGUGAAUCCAUGAAAUUUGCGAGCAGGUUGUAGACAAUGCUCGACAUUUUGUUGUUGAAGUUUCCGGAGUUCGUGAAGGUAUGAAUUUCUUUGUUUGGACAUCGAUUUGGCAGAAUGUUGGACGCUUUUAAGUUAGUAAUUAACAUUAUAUUUCAGAUUCAACUACUGGCCUUGGUUUAGAGUUGAAACGGAAGUAAUCGUGGUGAUUUUGAUGAAGGUUUUGUUGUAGAGAUUGUCAUCUUGUAUGAUAUAAUAUUGGUUAUACGAUUUUGUUCUUGCUCUGUUGGAGUUUCGUCAACUACUGGUGAACUACUCAUUGAGUGCCGUCCUGCUAGAGUGUGAAUGGACAAUCUUCAAUGUAUUAAUUGGGCAUUAGGACGUUUAAUUUGUAGAAGAUUUAUAUGAACUAGCCCACUUUAACGAUUCUAAUUCUCUGUUUUUUCACGAUCUGAAAAUGAUGCCUCUGUCUGGUUUUUUCCCAUCCUUUGAUCACUAUGCUUUUCUCAUUUCAAAAUGCAUCAAACACAAACACUUGAAGGUUGGGAUGUCCUUGCACUCCCACCUUAUUAAGUCCGCUCUUUCGUUUGAUCCGUUCCUCGCUAACCGUCUUAUUGACAUGUAUUCCAAAUGUAAUUCUAUGGAAAAUGCACAGAAGGCAUUUGAUGAUUUACCCUUUAAAAAUAUCCACUCGUGGAAUACCAUUCUUGCUUCCUACUCACGUGCUGGAUUUUUGAGUCAAGCUCGUAUGAUAUUUGAUGAAAUGCCUCAUCCAAAUAUUGUUAGCUACAAUACCUUGAUUUCUAGCUUUACUCACCAUGGGUUGUAUGUAGAAGCAAUGAAUAUCUUUUGGCAAAUGCAACAAGAUUUUGAUCGUUUAGUCUUGGACGAGUUUACUUUUGUGAGUAUUGUGGGUACUUGUGCCUGUUUGGGUGCUUUGGAAAUGUUGCGUCAGGUUCAUGGAGCAGCUAUUUUCAUUGGAUUGGAGUUCAAUAUGAUUGUUUGCAAUGCUGUAAUUAAUGCUUAUGGUAAAUGUGGCGAACCGGGCACGUCAUAUUCUGUUUUUAGUAGAAUGCAGAAGAGAGAUGUUGUUACCUGGACCUCCAUGGUUGUAGCCUAUACUCAGACAUCCAAGUUAGAUGAUGCUUUUCGAGUGUUCAGGAGUAUGCCAGUAAAAAAUGUUCAUACAUGGACUGCUUUGAUUAAUGCUUUUGUGAAAAACAAGUAUAGCAAUGAGGCCCUGGAUUUGUUUCAACAAAUGUUGGAGGAAAAAUAUUCUCCUAAUGCUUUCACAUUUGUAGGUGUUUUAAGUGCGUGUGCAGAUCUUGCUUUGAUAGCAAAAGGGAAAGAGAUUCAUGGAAUCAUAACCAGAAGGAGCAGCGACCUUAAUUUUCCGAACGUAUACAUGUGUAAUGCUUUAGUUGAUUUGUACAGUAAGAGUGGUGACAUGAAAUCAGCUAGGACGUUGUUUAACUUGGUUCCUAAAAAGGAUGUAGUCUCGUGGAAUUCACUAAUAACUGGGUUUGCACAAAAUGGGCUCGGAAGGGAAGCACUUAUUGCAUUUAGGAGGAUGAUAGAAGUAGGGAUAAAGCCUAAUGAAGUGACGUUUCUUGGUGUGCUGUCUGCCUGUUCCCAUACUGGUUUGUCAUCUGAAGGAUUAUAUAUUAUGGAGUUAAUGGAGAAGUCUAAUGAUAUUAAGCUUAGUUUAGAUCAUUAUGCAGUCUUGAUCGAUAUGUUUGGAAGAAAAAAUAGACUUGCCGAAGCAUUGGAUUUAAUAUCCAGGGCACCCAAUGCAUCAAAACACGUGGGUAUAUGGGGUGCAGUUCUGGGGGCUUGUCGAAUACACGACAAUUUGGACCUGGCUAUAAGAGCUGCAGAAACUUUGUUCGAGAUGGAACCAGAUAAUGCUGGAAGAUAUGUAAUGUUAUCUAAUGUCUUUGCAGCAGCAAGUAGAUGGAUGGAUGCCCAUAAUGUGAGAAAACUUAUGGAAGAAAGAGGUUUCAAGAAGGAAGUAGCACAAAGCUUCAUAGAAAUAAGAAACUUUGCAGAGAUGAAAUUGAGAAAUAAUUUCCCCGCAAGAGGGAAGCAUUGUUCCUUUGUUAUGGCUGCUCUUGCAUUCACCAUCGUGGUGUUGUGGGCGUGGGGGGAAAAUUCUUUUAUUACCACUUCUCAGUCAGUUCAAGCAUGGUAUAGAACUUCUUAUUCAGGGUUCAUGGUAGGUUCCACAUACAGUUCUGUAAUACCUGACACAGUAAAAGAGAGCACUGAAAAAACAUAUUCAAAUUCAAGUACAAAAGAAGAGACCGCAAAAGAUGAUACACAUUCAGAAGUUACACUCACAUAUGCUGCAUCCACAAUAAAUUUUAACAGGAGCAAGAGUAGUGAGAACACCUGUAGCUAUGGAAAUGGUGAAUGGGUCCUUGACGAUAGUCGACCGCUAUACUCUGGUUUUGGAUGUAAGCGAUGGUUAUCAGCAACAUGGGCUUGUAGACUGACAGAGCGGACUGAUUUUUCCUAUGAAAGAUAUCGUUGGGUUCCCAAAGAUUGUGAAUUGCCAGCAUUCGAGCGGUCUGAAUUCCUGAAAAGAAUGCAGGACAAAAUCAUUGCAUUUAUUGGCGAUUCAUUAGGAAGGCAGCAAUUUCAAUCUUUGAUGUGUAUGGCCACGGGUGGGGAAGAGAGUCCUGAAAUUAAAGACGUAGGAAAGGAAUAUGGUCUUGUCAAAGCUAAGGGCGCUAUUCGUCCAGAUGGGUGGGCAUAUCGUUUUCCGAGUACUAAUACUACUAUUUUAUACUAUUGGUCAACAAGCCUCAACGAGUUAUUGCCAUUGAACAUGUCAGACCCAACCACUGAUGUAGCCAUGCAUCUUGACCGUCCGCUAGCAUUUUUGAGAAACUUCCUCCAUUUGUUUGAUGUGUUGGUUCUUAAUACUGGACAUCACUGGAACCGAGCAAAAGUUAGAGAAAAUAGGUGGGUGAUGUACAAAGAUGGAAUUCGUAGUGAACUUGAUAACUUGAAAGAAAUUGAAACAGCUAAGAAUUAUACUGUGCACAGUAUUGUCCAAUGGCUGGAUUCACAACUCUCCUCUCAUCCUCGACUCAAGGUUUUUUUCAGGACCAUGUCUCCUCGUCAUUUUCGCAACGGGGAAUGGAAUAAUGGAGGUAGUUGUGUCAAUACCACACCGUUAUCAAGGGGAAGCAAAGUAGGACAGAAUAGAUCAAGCGAUCCAAUUGUUGAGGAUGCUGUAAGAGGCACACAAGUAAGGAUGUUGGAUAUAACUGCUCUUUCCGAUCUGAGGGAUGAGGCUCACAGAUCCCACUACAGUAUCAAAGGAACUUCGGGUGGUAGUGAUUGCUUGCAUUGGUGUCUUCCCGGUAUCCCAGACACAUGGAACAUGAUUCUUCUUGCUCAAAUAUAGCUUCCUUUGUCUUAAAAGUUCACUUUUGGACAUUCAGCUUUGCUUCCUAGUAAGACAUUUGCUGCCUCGGAAGAUGGUGGGUUUGUUAGUUAGGAUUGUUAGCUAGGAUGCUCUUUUGAAUUAAAUAUUUGUUUUGUAUGAUGAAAGAAAAUAUAAAUGAAUACACUAAUAUUAGAAAUGAGAAUUGAGUG